AUGAGUCAGCCAGCAAGGGUGCACGCGCAGCCCUGCCUUUUCAGCGAAGACGCGGAUGGUAGAAGUGAAAGAAUGGGAUUCGGUGUCUUGAAGAAAAGGGAGGGUGAACAGAUAGAGAACAGCAAUUUAAAAGAAAAAGAAAUAUUGGUGUUGCCCCUUGACCUGACCGACACGAGUUCCCACGAGGCAGCUACCAAAGCUGUUCUGCAGGAGUUUGGUAAAAUUGACAUUUUGGUCAACAAUAGUGGAAGAAGCCAACGUUCGUUAGUUCUAGAAACCAACCUGGAUGUCUUCAAGGAGUUGAUCAAUCUGAACUACUUAGGGACGGUGUCCUUGACCAAGUGUGUUCUGCCUCACAUGGUAGAGAGGAAACAAGGGAAGAUUGUUACUGUGAACAGCAUUGCGGGAAUUGCUUCUGUGCCCCUUUCCAGUGGGUACUGUGCCAGCAAGCAUGCUCUUCGGGUAAGACAGCCCAAACUCUGUGCAUGA